AUGAUGUUUUAGAGUUUCCCUUAUUAGGUAGACUGUAGAUAUUUUGAGUACAAGACAAUUUGAGAAAGCAAAGCCAAGAAGAUUAGAAGGUCAAAAAUGUCUCUUUUUGCUUUGAUAGAAAUGUUAUUCAUACGAUAAAAAAGUCUCCUUUUGAAUAUUUAAAGAAAAAAUAAAGUAGACAUUAGAAUAGAAAAAUAUAUCAAUAAAUAAGAGGAGAGGAAAAAGAAGAAUUAAUAUCAUCAGAUGAGGACACUCAAGAUUUCUAUGAAUUAGAUGAAAAUUAGUAAUAUUAUAGCAUUAUAGAAUGGAAAAAAUUAUAAGAUGAAAGAUUGAAAUAAAUGACUGGAAAUAAUUUGAUUAAUUCAUAAGAUUUAAAUGAUUCAUCUAAAGUGUAAAAAUUACCACUUAAAUCUUGUUUAAAAAAAAUUAAGAAAGAUAUUUAUCUAUAUUAUGAGGAAUUAUUUGGAAAAAUAUCUAAUGAUUAAUUAUAAACGGUACUUUCAUCAGAAAAAUUAUAGCUUAAUGAAAAAUAAAUCAAAUAAUGCAUCAUAGUAACUGAAUUCAAUAACAUUAUGAAUGAUGAUGAUGAUGAAGUAUUAAAAUAAAUUAAAUUCAUAGAUAUCCAUAAAUUUAGAUGAAUUAGAUGAUUUUAUUGAAUAGAGAAAUAUAGAUUAAAAGAAAAAUAAAAAUUAUAAUAUUACUGAAUUUGAUAACAUUAGAAAAAAAGUUGAUCAGAAUAGGCUUAAAAAUAAUUAGUGA